UUUACAAAUGAUAACACAACCUAUUUUUGGUAACAUUUAUAGUGUGUUAAAUUAAUUUUAUUCUCAUUUAGCGGGUAAAAAUGCCACCAAUGCCACCUGAAGAGAGACUUAGUGAGGCAUUCGAUGAAACGGAGGGAGUUUUUGCUAAUGAUGAGCCCAUCGAACUUAAACCAAGCGUUGAGAAAGAUCCUCUGCCCGAAGUAGAUUACGAUGAAUCUUUUGAGAACCCACCCUUCCUAUCCAUCAUGUCUGCUUAUCUUUGUCUUUUCUUGUUGGUAAUAUUCGGCCAUAUUAGAGACUUGUUGAGAAAAUGGGGAUUCGAUAAAACUAUGGAUGCGUCGGAAUUUGGGAAUGAGGGAUUUGUUCCACUUUUUAACGACUUUGAAGCAUUUUACACUCGGAAUGUAUGGCAGAGAGUGCUUCACUACUGGUGUCAUCCGCUAGCAGGGGUACCUGGCGCUCAAAUAGAGGUUUGGGACAGAAAAUUCGGAUCCUUCAACGAAAAUAUCAGACUUCAAGAGACCAAGAGACAUUACCUGAAUAUAGGGAGUUACAACUACUUGGGAUUUGCAGAAAACAAAGGGCGAUGUGCAGAUGAGACGGUACAAGAGAUAAGGCACAGGCUCGGCACAGCUACCGCUAGUUCUCGAUCUGAAUUAGGGACACUGAGAGUUCACGAACAGCUAGAAAGUCUAGUAGCCGAGUUUGUUGGCAAAGAAGCUGCAUUGGUAUUCGGUAUGGGUUUUGGAACUAAUUCCCAGAAUAUAGCAACUCUUGUUGAUGAGGGUUGUCUACUUAUUAGUGACGAGCUGAAUCACGCAUCUCUGAUUCUAGGGGCAAGGCUGUCAGGUGCUAAGAUCAAAGUUUUCAGACACAACAACAUGUUGCAAUUGGAGAAAAUUCUAAAAACUUCGAUCGUUAUGGGGCAGCCUAGAACUAGGAGGCCCUGGAAAAAGAUACUGAUAGUGGUCGAAGGAAUUUACUCUAUGGAGGGCACAUCUUGCAAUCUCCCUGAAAUUGUCAAACUUAAGAACAAAUACAAGGCGUUCCUCUACGUGGACGAAGCACAUAGCAUAGGAGCUAUGGGUAACACUGGCAGGGGUAUCUGCGAGCACUACGGUGUAAAACCCUCAGACAUUGACAUUCUUAUGGGUACUUUCAGCAAAAGCUUUGGUGCUUCUGGUGGAUACAUCGCUGGUGACAGGGACCUUGUUGCGUAUCUCAAGAAAGAAUCCCACGCCCAAAACUACAGCAGUGCCAUGUCACCCCCAGUAGCGAGACAAGUCCUGGCCUCCACUCAAGCUAUCAUGGGUAUUGAUGGGACUAACGAGGGACAGCGCAGGAUCAGACAGCUCAAAAUAAACACAAGAUUCUUCCGAACAGAACUACAAAAAAGGGGUUACAUCUUGUUUGGGGAAUUGGACUCCCCUGUCGUUCCUCUCCUUAUCUGUUCUAUCGCCAAACUAUGUGCUUUUGCAAAGACCUCCCUGAAUAACGGGCUAGCUCCAGUAGUGGUUGGGUUCCCGGCUACUCCAAUGCUUGGUGCUAGAGCUCGCUUCUGUUUGUCAGCCUCCCACACUACCGAACAACUUCGAUGGAUGAUCGACCUCAUCGAAAAAUUUGAACCAGAACUUGGUCUUAAACUAUCCAGGAGAGACAGAAGCUUAUAGAAAACAUAUCGGAAUACGGUCAUGACAAAGGAUCCAUAUUUCAGAAAACUUUCGCAGUAUCUCGGAACUGAUAAUACUAAUAGCUAUAAUGUUGGUUGUUGGUAUUCAAACCAUAUAAUUAUAAACCAAUCUUGAAUCACAGCCACGAACAUGAAGGAGUUUUUAUCUUUUUACUUAAAUGGCUGCAAUUUAUCCAGUAACCCUCACCCCAUGUUUGUCUAUCAAUUGACAAUAGUAACGUAGUUCAAGUGUAAAUUGAACCAAUAAACGUUAUAUCAAAGAUGAAUACCUUUGAUAGCAGAUCGUAAACAUACCUGAGUAUUAUACAAUGCUUUACUCAAUUUUUAAUCUUUCUAGGUUUAGUUUUACGGUCUAAUUAUUUAGCUUUUAACCUGAUAUACAAAUUGUAUUAUUACUU